AUGACAAGGUUUUACAACAAGCAGAAGGAGUUGAGUGAGAAAUGGAUAGGUCCUGUGUACCCCAAAAUCAGGAAUAAGCUAUUGAAGAAUUCAGAGUUCUCUAAUAUGUGCUUUGUUCUUCCAGCUGGCAAGGGGAUUUUCCAAGUCCAAUCUGGUGGGAAGGAUUACAUAGUCAGCAUAUUGACUAAGUCCUGUGACUGUAGGAAAUGGGACUUGACUGGAAUCCCUUGCAACCAUGCUGUUGCCUGUCUUAGGCAUGAAAGAUUUCCUACUGAAGAAAUGAUGCCAUCAUGCUAUUCAAUUGAGACAUGUGGCAAAGUGUAUGGCUUCAAUAUUAUGCCUUGCAAAGACCAGUCACUAUGGGAGAAGACCAAUGGUCCUCAGGUUCAGCCACCUAUUUAUGAAAAGGAAGUUGGCAGGCCACCCAAGUCUAGGAGGAAGCAACCUUAG